AUGGAUCAUAAUCCGGCCAUGGAUGCGAUUGUCAACGAUGGCUCUGAUCUGUCGGCGGACCAGAUUGCCACGCUGGUGGCCAUUGAGCGCACCGGCGCCAGCCUGUCCAUGAUUGCCAUUGCGCUGAUUGCGGCCUCGUACCUCGUCUAUCCGAAACUGCGAACGACGCCCAACACGUUUCUUCUCUUCGCCUCCAUUGCCAAUGUGGGCGCUAGCAUCGCAUCGAUGAUUGGGUACGAUGGACUGUUGCAGGGUGAAGAGUCGUCGUUGUGCCAGGGUCAAGCCUUUAUAUUCGAGUGGUUCAUGCAAGCCGAUCCAUGGUGGUCCUGCGCCAUGGCAUGCAACGUGUUCCUCGUCUUCUUCUGCAACGUCGAUCCGGCAAUGUUUACACGCUACAUCUGGGCUUACUGUGUGGUCUGCUUUGGGGGACCUCUGAUUCCGGCAAUCACCUUGAUUUCGAUCAAUGAUCGAUCUCGCGGACCAGUGUUUGGAGAUGCAACUACAACCGACGUCGAUGACUCGGCCGAAGAAUCGCCCACUCAUGUUGCUACCGUCUCAUCGUCCGCCGCACAUGUUAUCGAGACGACGCAUACAUUGCACACAAUGGAUUCGAUUGCGCGCACUUCCGUGUCAGCUGCUCAGAGGUCCAACAAGACUAGUUUCUCGCAGCAAAUCACCAGGCUCAAGGAAACGGCGACAUCGCGUCUGAGGCGACUUGACCCUGUCAAGAUGGCAUACCUUCGCACCAGCUUCAUAUUUGGGUUUACAGUGCUGGUGACUUGGAUACCCAGCUCAGUGAACAGGGUGUACAGCAUUGCCAACGAUGGCCACAUCAACUUUACGCUGAGCGCAUUGGAAUACCGUUAG